UGACACGCUGCUGUUAUGUUUGGAAAACUACAGGACAGUUUCUUCGCUAGCUUUGCCCUCAGUUGGCUCAUAACCAAUGGUGCUCGUCUUGCUUCCUACCCAAUUGACACUGUCCGCAGAAGAAUGAUGAUGACCUCCGGUGAAGCCGUCAAGUACAGGAGUUCCCUGGAUGCCUUCCAACAAAUCUUGAAGAACGAGGGUGCCAAGUCUCUCUUCAAGGGUGCUGGUGCUAACAUCCUCCGUGCCAUUGCUGGUGCUGGUGUCCUGUCUGGUUAUGACAAGCUACAGCUGCUUGUGUUCGGCAAGAAGUACGGAUCUGGUCCGGUUAAGAAUACUUUUCCUCCCAAGGCCAGAUAGCUUUUAGAUGGUGAUGAAAAUAUUUUUUGAG